CAGAGAGGGAGCAGAGGGCAGCUAGCUGGAUUCAAAGAAAUUAGAAGCUUCGCAUAGCAGCGACCAGGCUGCAACUGUAUCUAAAUCUGUUAUUUAAAGCUGCACUCUUUACUUCUCAAAUAGUUCAGUAGUUCUCUAACAACAAAAAACUAAAACCUUUAAUCUAUCUUGGAUCCAGGUGUGAAGACAUUGAGGUAUGGUAGCAGAGGUUUCAGUUAUUAGCAGUAAAUAUUUGCUGUGUUAAAGCUGUACUGUCACUUCCAAGUGAUAUUGUUUGAUAUGUUGGGAGUUACGUAUUAGAAAUGUCUGAAAAAAUGUUGCAAACUUAGAACGUCGGGAGUCACCAAUGAAAUGCGCUUGCUGGUUUCCAUGGUAAUUGUCCCACUUUUAGUGCUACAUUUCAGUCACAUUUUAUACAUGGGCCUCACUGUAUUUGCAUUGGGAGGGGCGUCUUCAUUCUGCUUCCCCUUUGAUAGCUAUGUAGGAGGUGCAGGAGAAAAUGAGACAUUAUAGUGUUAGGAAUAGAGCUUUGUAUAAAUAUAUAUAUACACUGUAUGAACGGCUGCACUCAUGGUAUUUAAGUAUAUAUAUAUAGUUGUGUGUGUGUGUGUGUGUGUGUAUACAUAUAUGUGUACAUGUUUAUUCAUUAAUACAUAUAUAUUUUACUUUGCCUUGCCCUGUAUGCUAAAGCAAGUUUUUUUUUUCUAUCCCUACUCAACAUUGUUGGCUUGUUAACCUAAAUGUUAUUCACCUAGAUGUUUAUCUGUAAAGACUUUCUCUGUUAUUUCUGCACCCCCCUUAUUUUAUUGAUACCCACCCUAAUGUUUUACUUGACCAAUCUCACCUCCUCUUUGCAUCUCCAUUCCAUAGCUUUAUUGCAGCUUUUUUUUGACCCAAUCUUCUCUGUCUUCCACAGUCAGGGUUAAAAAGACCCCUAUUUGAAAUCAGAACAGAUCUCAAUUCCUAAAAUCAACUGUAAAGGAGGCGGUGUAGGCAUCCUCCUGUCCCCUCAAUGUACAUUUCAACCUAUCCUCCCUGCCUUCUGCCUUUUUCUUUACUUCCUUUGAUGUGCACACUGUCCGCCUAUUUAAGCCCACUCGUUUAAGAAUUGCAAUCAUCUAUCGCUUCCCCGGUCAUCCUAGGUUAUUCAUUGAACACUUUUCUUCCUGGCUACCCCACUUUCUCUCCUCUAGCACUCCUUCCCGUUAACAUCCCAAUCAACAACCUCAACUGCUCUGAUGCCUCCCUUCUGCUCUCUGUAACCUCCUCAUUUGGUCUCACACAGUAGUCUACUUCAACAACUCAUACAGCAGGAAACACUCUUGACCUCGUCUUUACUAAUCUCUGUACCACCUCCAAUCCCUCCUAUGUUCCAUUUCCUUUGUCUGACCACCAUCUGCUGACCUUUGACAUUGGCAUUCCCCAUAUCCAAAUUUCAACACCCUCAACUCACCAAUCUCGCAGAAAUCUCCAGCAAUUCUCCACCAAACUCCAAACUCUCCUUUUACCCAUCUCAAAUCUCACCUGCCCUAAAACUGUAAUCUCAUUCUACAAAUCCACUCUCUUCUCUCAACUAGACAUUGUGGCAUCUCCUACACUUAAACGCAGUAAGUGCUCCCAUUUAGAACCCUGGCACACCAAGAUGACCUGAUACCUCCAAAAAUGUUCCAGAACUGCUGAACGCUGCUGGAGAAAAUAUCACUCUGCUUCUGACUUCCUCCACUAUAAAGUUAUGCUGUGCUCCUACAGUUUUGCUCUUUCCUCUGCAAAAGUUAACUACUUCAACACCCUCAUAAGCACACUGUCCCACCAACCCAAAUGUCUAUUUUACACUAUUUCUUUGCCCUGUUGCUCCCCCUCCUCCUACCUCCUUGUCCGCCACAAACUUUGCAACUCACUUCACUGAGACGAUUUCUACAAUCAGGGAAGGGAUCUCCAAUUUCUCUCCCUCCCCCACCAAUACUUCCUCCCAUCCCCACUCCCUCUGCUGUUCUAUGCUCAUUUGCACCCGCUAUAGCGGAAGAGGUUUCUGCUCUGCUCUGGUCCUCCCGCCCCCCCACCUGUUCCAUUGAUCCAAUUUCCUUGUAUCUCAUCCACACUCUUUCUUCUUCUCUUGCUCUCCCUCUCACUAAAAUUUCCUUGACCCUUCAAACAUGCAACUGUAACCCCGAUUCUGAAAAAUCCCAACCUUGAGCCCAACUCCCCAUCCAACUACCACCCUAUCUCGCUACAGCCGUUUGCUUCCAAGAUGCCUGAAGAGAGUUGUGUAUGCGAGAUUGACAGACUUCCUUGAAUCCAACUCUACUUGACCCACUUCAGUCUCAAUUCUGCGCUUGUCACUCUGUCGAAACAGCUAGACCAAAGUAUCCAACAAUUUAAUCGCUGCUAUGUCUCGCAGCCACGACUCUGUCCUAAUUCUUCUUGAUCUUUCUGCUGCCUUUGACACUGUUGAUCAUCAACUGCUUCUUCUCAUUCUCUGUAAUCUCAGUCUAUGGGAUACUGCUCUCUCCUGGUGCUCCUCCUCCCUCUACCAGCGCUCUUUCAGUGUUUCAUUCUCUGGCUCUACCUUUUAUCCCCAAUCCCUCUCUGUUGGUAUUUCCUAAGGUUCUGUCCUUGAUUUCCUACUGUUCUCUAUCUAUACUGCCUCCCUUGGUGAACUCAUAAACUCCUUUGGCUUCCAUUAUCAUUUAUAUGCGGAUGACACGCAAAUCUAUCUAUCUUCUCCUGAUCUCUCUGCCCAUCUUGACUCGUGUCUCUGACUGCCCCUCCGUGAUUUCCAACUGGACGGCUGUUCACUUCCUUAAACUCAACCUGUCCAAAACAGAACUUCUGGUCUUUCCUCCCUCAAGUGCUGCUACUCCUGUGUCUGUCUCCCUCUAAGUCAACUGCGCUACCAUCACCUCUACCUCGAAGGCUCACUGCCUGUUCUUUUUUACUCCAACCUCUCCUUCACCCCUCAUGUCCAGUCGAUCGCCAAAUCCUGCUGCUUCCACAUCCGCCCCUUUUUAUAUAGCCCACAUCCGCCCCUAUUUAACCCCGGAUGCGGCUGAGGUGCUGGUCCAUGCCAUUGUUCUCUCUCAUCUUGACUACUGCAAUCCUCUUCUUAGUGGUCUUAUGUGUUCCCACCUUGCACCGUUGCAAUCUAUAAUGAAUGCAGCAAGGACACUCAUCUUCCUGUCUGCCUACACCUCCCACACCUCCCCCCUCUGUUACUCCCUACAUUGGCUCCCAGUUAGAUAUAGGGCUCAAUUUAAGAUUCUGGUGCUUGCUUAAAGUCUCUACAUAAUGCUGUUCCAACCUACCUAUCCCACCUAAUACACAAAUAUGUCCUGUAUAGGCCUCUGUGCUUUGCCUAAGACCUACGUCUGUCCUCUCUCCGUACUCCCACCUCUGGCCUUCAAGAUGUCUCCAGGGCUGCACCUUUUCUGUGGGACUCCCUUCACUUCUCCGUUAGACAGUCACACAGUCUCCAUUCCUUAAAAAAACAUUGAAAACUAAUUUCUUCAGGAAAGCGUAUAAAUUAAACUGUUAACAGCUUUUCAUCCCCACACCCUUGACUGCAACUGUCAAAAAUAACCUACUAAGCCCUCUGUGAAUACUUUUCUUGCAUUCUACACUGAUACGUCUACUUUUACCCUUUGUGUCUCUAUACUCCACUCCCUCUAAAAUGUAAGCUCAUUGAGAAGGGCCCUCAACCCCUCUGUUCCUGUGCAUCCAACUUGUCUGGUUACAAUUACGUGUCUGUUAGUCCACUGAAUGUACAGCACUACGGAACUUGCUGGUGCUAUAUAAAUAAUAACAUAAUAAUUGUUACUUUAGCUAGCCAUCGGUUAGCAACAUUAUCUACAAAUUAUCAUGGCAUGUCUUUCUAUUUUCCUAAUAUUCUUUAGGACUACAAUGUUUUCAAUUAAUAAUGCACUUUCCUUAUACAGUUUACAAUGUAACAUAGGUACACAACGCAAUGUCAAAUAAUGAGGCAAGUUUGAAAUUGCUAGUAGUGACUACAGAUAAACAUUUGAUGCUCUAACCUAAAAAGUCCCUAUCCCAUUUAUCUCUGAAUCACUAUUGCUAUAUACUACUAGACAUCCAAUUAUCUGUGCAUGGCUUAACCAGCUGCUCAAUGUGCUGUGUUUGAUGUGGGACUAUUAAGACUUCGUUACGUAUGCCUGACUUAGCAUUUAUCAGCAGUCGUGUCCUACCACAGGUGUCUCAUACAUGUUUUGUGGUAUGUGUUACUCUUGACCUAAGCACAUUUGUGGUUCAAUAAUAUGAAGUUCUUUUCAAUGUUGCCACAGAAUGAUAUGAAGAAGGUUCACCAAUCCUUGUAUGUACGUAGUGGGCAUUGGAUAGCAUUCCCUUCAUCCCCCAUAAAACCAUAACUUACCCCUUCAAAUAACGACAGACAACUUCUUGGAGAAAACAGGCCACAGCAUUUAUUAACACAACCAAAUACUGUAUGACUCCUUUAACAUAUAACGAAAUAAUAAAUAUCAUAAAUUAACAUAAACAAUUUGCAUAUAGUCAUACAGUAACCAAAGAAACCGUCCUUGCCAAUCUAACUUCCCCAAGGCUCUCACCUCCCCCCCUCGGCAUAAUAAAAACAUCUUCCUUUUCAGGGCUCCCCACCAACUUGGUGGGGCCCAACCAUAAUGCUCCCCACUGGUCGACUUACAACCCAGUGGGGACACAUCCAACCUGGUACCUUCUCCAGGUUCACCAUAAGAGACUGGGGGAGGAUGAGACCCGGUCAUUAUCCCCCUUUUUCAUCUAAUCUACCAAACCAUCCCUUAUUUGGCAAGGACACACCCCAUCUCGCUGUGACAAACCCCCCGGGCCCAAAGCAGAAAAGGGAGGGUAGGUGGGAAACUUGUUGCUGGCCCGGCUCCUAAGUGGCACUGAGGUCAGUCUGAUCUGUCACCACCCACUUCCUCACAUCUCACACUCCCACAUGUAGCAUAUAGCCAAUCAUGCAUCAUCCAUCCCACACUCAUACAUGUGCCCCUGUCCGCUAAGCUGCACACUCUCCCUGGGGCCUUUACAUUCAGCGGGAACAGUGAAAGAAGGGCAGACCAACAGGGCAGAAAAGACUGGGGGGUUUGAUGUAAUUAAACUGUACUCCACCACUAAGAACAUGGUGCUUCUCCUGUGGUCCUGCAAUGAGCUGACCAGUUAUUCCCAGUUCCUAUAUAUUAUCUUCAGUCAGCAUUAAAAACUCAAAAUGAGUUCCUGCUAAUCCAUUUAAGGUUUCUUUAAAUCAUAGUGUCAAGGGGUGUGAUUUGGCCACUAAAAUCCUGUAGCUCAUACCAAAUCUAAAACCAAGAACACAAAAAUUAAACUCCAGAAUGUCCCAAAAUCUUCCAAGUGCGAUUCAUCCACAGCUUGAAUAUUGCACUCAUUUUUGAAAGUUCAGAAAACAUUGUGACACAAAAUAAUUGGGGUGGAACCUGACUAAGGAGAUCCUCAUCUCUGUUUAGUAGAGUGUAUGGUUUGCGCUUUGGAAUGGCAGUACCCAGAAAGUGUCUGGGCUACAACUGGGUCAGUUUUUUAUGUUGUGCAGCAAGUAGAAUAAGCCUGCUGGAUUAACAAAUGAGAGUGAUGCUAUACAAAGUCAAAUGGAAUCUUUCAACUUCAGAAAGCUUCUGUUUAUUCUGUAGAUGUUUAGACCUAGUUCCAUAAGUGUUAAAGAUACGACUUGACAGUCACUGGUAUGAUGUCUUCCUGAGACCGAUUGAUACUUUCACUGCUGAUGUUAACCCCUUAAGGACACAACGUCUGGAAUAAAAGGGAUAUUUCCAUCAUGUGUCCUUAAGGGGUUAAUGUGCUAAAAAAAAGUUACCAAAUCUCUGAAACUACUUUUGAAACAUUUCUCCCUUUAGAAGACAUGAAAUAUACAAGCACUCGUGGAGAGGUGACUGGGUUAGAAUUUGAAGAAGUGCUAUUUUCCGGUUUUGCAGCAGAUGGGGGACUGUUCAUGCCCGAAGAAAUUCCUAAAUUGGACAACAAUAUCCUCAAAAAAUGGAGUUCCUUUUCCUAUAAAGAACUAGUAAAAGAAAUCUGCUCCCUGUUCAUUCCUGCUGAAGCUAUUCCCAGGAAAGAUCUGGAUGGUAAGUUAUAGCAAUAAAGAUUUUUUUUCUCAAACUACUAAAGAAAUAAUUUAUGGUUUGUUUCAUGGCUCCAUGUGAAAUUGUCUAACACUGGCCCAUAUUUUCAUCAUGGACAAGUGCGCCAUGGACUUGAAUCAAUUUAUAUCUCAUAAUCAUUAUUGGACUUAUUCUGCAAUAAUUUUAUGUUUUAUUCUACACUAUUUAACAUUCAGAAUUAAGUCUCAAACUUGUCAAUAUACAGCCUGCACCACAAACCUGCGUAUACUCAAGUCCCUUACUAAUGCUGUGCCCCUCUACCUGUCCUCUCUAAUCAGCAAAUAUACUGUGAUGGACUGCGUGGCACCCCAACUGGGUACCUCCAUCAAGCUCACUUCCUAGCCAUCACCAGGACACCAGUAUCUUGGCUGGGGUUUCUCAGUCACUUCAAGCCCUGGAACGGGGUCAUAGGUACAGCUUCAAAUGAUUAAGCUCUCCUGCAGAGAGUAUAGCUGAUCUACCCAAACACUAGUCCAGACUGAGUGAAGGGUGAAAAGGAACUGGUUUAUGGGUCCCUAUCUCAUAGGGAGUGAAUGGGAGUGAAUAGUCGCCUCGUUUGCGAGAGUCUUUUCACCGAACAGCGCUCUCCUGCCUUGUCGGGAUCAGAAGCAGCCGGCGAUACAAAGUUAUCUGUAUUUGAGUUCCAGUGACUCAACGACUUAGUACCCCGCCUGUGUUCGGGAGACAACCAGUUGUCUCCCGAACACAGGCGGGGUACUAAGUCGUUGAGUCACUGGAACUCAAAUACAGAUAACUUUGAGUUUGUGGUCAUUCUGAAGAUAAUGAGCUGGGACAGUGUUCGGUAGUUAACGAUACCGGACUAAACGGAAAACAACUUGAUCUUGGGAAAAAUAAAGAUGGUUUAGGGCAGUUUGUCACAUAUACCUCCACAAGAUCAGACAAUGACAUGCUCCUUGUAUCUUUUAUUAUUAUCUCUUCCCAUUCUAGUCUGCAGAACUUCUUUCAUGUGGUACCAACCUUCUGGAACUUUCUGGAGCGCAGUUAGACUUUCUACUAGUCUGACUUUCUUUAAACGCUCACUAAAGACAUUAUAGUUCAGGGAGAUUUACCACUCAUUUCCGUUACUAAUACAUUCUACUUACCCAAUAAAUGUCCUAAUUUUACUCUAUAUUAACAUAAUUCUCACCAUUGCAGUUCCCACCUCCUGUUCCUAAUCCCUCCAAUACAUCUAGAUUGCCACGGAAAUAGGACACUCAAUCCCUCCUGUAUUUGUUUUUCAAAUUUUGUAUUGUCUCUUACAUCUAUUGCACCUUUGUCUUUUUACUUGUACCAAUUGCACCCAUGGAAGGUGCGGCAGAAUGUAUUAUUAUAAACAGAGUGUAAUAAUAAUAAAUGUGGCUGUGUUAGCUGAAAAUUAACACUUUUGUCUGCAUUGCUUUAUUUUAAUUUAUUUGUCAAAUCAGGCAUUGCCUAAGAAUCUUAAGCUGCAUAAACAUGACACAUUAGAGGACACAGUUUUCAAAAUCAGACUCGUGACCAGUGAUACAUAUCCCAAUCUGACAGUGUUUGACUACCGUGGAACAAAUGUUGAUGAGAAGUUCUAGGGUUGUCUGACUUAGAUUGUUGUAAACUGAUAAUAAAUUGGUUCUAAAAUGUUCCAGUAUAUAGGAUAACUUUCAUGCAUUUAUGGGAUACACUUCUAUCUAUAUCUGCUGUCGAUAUCAUUCUGUGUUUAUGUCUUUCUUAUACUUAGACUUGAUUAAUAGAGCCCUGACUCGCUUCAGACACGAUGACAUUAUUCCUCUUCGUAGGCUGGAAAGUGGAUUAAAUGUUUUGGAGAUGUGGCACGGGGCCACGCACGCCUUUAAAGACCUUGCUAUGUCCUGCGUGGGACAGUUUUUGGAUUUCUUCUUAAAGAAAAGAAAGAAGCACAUCAACAUCGUGGUUGGUACGUAAUUAAUCAGAUAAACCAUUGACAUUGAUUUUAAUGGAAUUGUUAGUUGGUCACAGAAUCACAGAUUACAGAAAAAUAAACUGUAAAAAUACAUAUAAUAAAGUAAUGAAAAAAUAACUAAACUGGUUCAUGGAUUGCAGGAUAAAACUUACCAGGAAAGGUUAAAGGAUCUUAACAUGUAUAGCUUGGAGGAAAGACGAGACAGGGGGGAUAUGAUAGAAACAUUUAAAUAUAUAAAGGAAAUCAACACAGUGAAGGAAGAAACUAUAUUUAAAAGAAGAAAAACUACCACAACAAGAGGACAUAGUCUUAAAUUAGAGGGGCAAAGGUUUAAAAAUAAUAUCAGGAAGUAUUACUUUAUUGAGAGGGUAGUGGAUGCAUUGGAUAGCCUUCCAGCAGAAGUGGUAGAGGUUAACACAGUGAGGGAGUUUAAGCAUGCGUGAGAUAGGGACUAAGGCCAGGGACUAAUUAAAAGUAUUUUGAAAUAUUGUGCAGACUAUAUGGGCCAAAUGGUUCUUAUCUGCCAUCACAUUCUAUGUUUCUAUAUGAUGCCCCCGCUUCUCCCCUGCCUACAGUAAGGACAGGACUGGAGACCAUUUAGUCAUGUUAGUAUACCUUUCCAGAAAGAUCUAAUCAUAACAUUGCAGUUUAGAGGGAUAAUUGGUUAUAUUACUAAAACCUAUUGCAUCUUUGAAAUUUAAAUAAUUACUGCUCUCACUGAAGUGGAAAAAAAACUUGAUAAAAACAUACAAUUUGGACAGCAGGGACCUAGCUGGGCAAGAUGAAAGUUGUAAAACUUUCAUCUUACAGCUUUCAUAUUUAUAUAUCCAUGAAAACACUAUAAAUUACAAACCUCAAGAAAAACUAAAUUAAAUAAAAUAUAAUAAAAGCACCUGUGUACAAUUAUAUGUGUAAAAAUGCAUACAUAUGGCAAAUAGAAGUCUUCAUAUACAGAAUAUUAAUUUGCUUGUAGAGAGAUAGAAAAAAAACAUAGAGUAGUAUAUCUUGGGAAAAAACAAAUAUUAUUUAAUAAAUGCCACAUUCACACUUUUUGGAGCCACUGAGAGCUCUAAGAACAUUUACGGUAUAAUCAAGGUCUCGGGAUAUGGUCCACCACAGGCAAUAGAUAUCUCACAUACUAAAGCUCGGUCAAAAUAUGUAUACAAUAAAAAAUAAAAAAAAGAGAGAGAAAAACCUAAAUAGUGCAGUAUGUAGUUGGAGUAUUCUUUUGUUUUUUUAUACCCCAUUUAUAUUUUGACUGAGCUUGAGCAUGUGAGAUAUGUAUUGCCUAUGGUGGACCAUAUCCUGAGACAGGGACAAGGAUUUUUUGGGAAUAUUUGUGAAACUUACUGCUGCCUCUUCCUUCUUCUCUUUUUAUUAUAGUUAACGCCUUGGUUUUUUCCCCAUAUAUUCCUGAAGCUGUAAAUAUUCAGGACAGUCCCAUGUGGGCCCAUUAAAGCUACCAAUGUCAAUGAACAACAUGCUGAUUUCCUUAAAGACACAUUUUUCAAAAAGCACAUUUCUUAUUUUGACAAACUGAUGCACUAAGGGACUUAUUUAGCAUUCUCUUGUACAAUUACAAGAAUACAAAUCAUACAGAAUCUGUAAAACAAUACAUAGUAGUCUCAGAUGGUUAAUUUAUAUUUCUUUCUUUUUUAGUCUGCAAAGAAAAUCCUCAUUUCCGAUUCUGCUGUUAUUUUGUACUAUCGCAUGUCUUUGUUGUUUUUUCAACUUCUAGCGACUUCUGGAGACACGGGAAGCUCUUCAAUUGAAAGUGUGAGAGGCAUAAAGAAUAUUGAUAUUGUUGUCUUGUUACCCCACGGACGCUGUACCAAAGUCCAAGAACUGCAGAUGACAACAGUGAUUGAAGACAAUGUCCAUGUAUUUGCGGGUCUGUGUCAUGUGUUUUGUAUGCUGCAAAUAUUUGCUGUAAAACAAACAUUCAAAGAUUGCAUCCAUCAAAAUGGUUAUUGGCCAAUUUAUUUCUUACUUGAAAACACUAAGCUAGGCAGGCAUUCACCUACCGCAUACAAUAUUUAUAUGAGCCUUAAAACCUUUGUGACCUCAAAUUAUUCAGAGACUAAAAGCGGACUUCCUUUGUAUCACUGUGGAAUCACACAUAAUAAGAGUAAGGGCACAUACUGUCAAGUUAGUGCCGCAAGCCCUUGUACUGUGUUAGGAUAAGAGAAAUAGAACGUCUCAAGUCAAGAGGAGGUCACGAAGAGCAUGGAUCUGCGUGACAAUUAGAACACGAAUGUAAAAGGGAGCAGAGUUACGGAAGACUUUGUUAGUGAGCUUAUUGAUUUAAAUUUUAUUUUUGGUUGUAUGAAGAGUCAAGGGAAGGCUUUGAAGAGCAAAUUAGAAGAUAUUUAGAGAAGCAGUAUUAAUAUGUACUGGAGUUUUGUAGUGUGUAGACAUGUGCAAUUAAGUUUGUUCCGAAUCAAAUUUCUUUAGGAAUCUGGCAAAUGUAACAGUGGCAAAAUUUUCGUAUUGCCACAACACAAAAACAAAUGGAUCUGUAACAAAUCAAAUAGAGUUUUUUCAUAUCAAUUUGUUUUGAUGCAGCUGACUGUACCAGUGUGAGGGAACACAUUUUACAGUGUCUGUGUGUGUAUUAAUGUAAGAUGAAUUACAAAUUAAUACACGUAAUAUAUUUGUAAAAUUCUUCUUACACAAAUACACACUAGCACUUUUGAAAAUUCAUAAUUUAGCAAAUAUACAACUUUUUGCAGUUUGCAAACACAUAUUUAAUAAUUACAUCACAUUAACAUUAGUUACCUUACCUUAACUAUAUUCGUAUUACCCUCUUUAGUGGUUUGUAACUAUGUGACUGCCAUCAUUUGAAUUUAUUCAUUUCCCGUACAGAAUAACGGGCGUUCAAAUUUUUUAAAUUAACAAAAACAUUUCUGACUUUUGGUUUGUCUGAAUUAAUUUUUUCCAAGUUUCGGAGGAAAACUAUUAAAAAAAAAAAAACCCAAAUAUUUUCUUUCCCCUGCGCAUGUCUAAUUAAGGUAAGUUGCAGUAGUCAAGCUGAAAGCUCAAGAGGGAAUACAUUGCAAUUCUUUGAGGUUUCUUGAGUGAAUAUGACUUGGUUAAUUGGAGAUAUGGUAACAUCUUUCACAUUAAGAAAUUAUGUAGCUAACGGUGAAGAAUUGAAGGAUUAGUUAUGAUAGUAUGGUUUCAGGCAGCAGUAGGACUUUAAAUAAGUCAUGACAAAGACAUUUGGUAACAUUACAUUUAAGAGGGGAUAAAAGAGACAAGAGACAAGAGUCAGGGAAGCAUAUCAUACAAAGUUACUAUUUUGGAGAACAAAUAUGGACACUCCCAUAAAAUAAACACCAGAUUCCAAAAUAUAUUCUCUAAAUAGUUUUUAAUUAUAAUAUUGUAAGAACAUUCAGAAUUGCUAUUUACUCUAACCUUUAAUUACCUCCAUAGUUGAUGGGACAUCAGAUGAGCUGGAUGUGCCUAUCAAGAAUCUAUUUGCUGAUGUUGAUUUUGUGAAAAAACAUAAUUUAAUGAGCACAAAUUCUGUCAACUGGGCUCGAGUGUUGGUGCAGAUCGCUCACUUCUUCUAUGCCUACUUUCAAAGUGCUCCAACAACAAACGGCGAAACGCUUCCGGCUGUGGAAAUUGUUGUGCCCUCAGGAGGAGCAGGCAACAUUACAGGUCUGAAAUACAGAAUAGAAAGUAGCAAAAAAAAAGAAAAAAAAGAAAUUCUGAAAUAAUUCAGUGGGCUCACAAAACAUUGCCACUGUAAAAUAUUUUUUGCAGAUGUAUCAGAAUAGAAUAAAAAAAUAACAUGCAUUCAAAUACAAACAUAUUUACUAAAAUAAAACAAAUCAAGAACCUACCCCCAAAAAAUACAUUUCCACAGCAGAUUUUAAAAAAUAGUCUAAAAAGGAAAUUACUUACUUACUUAAUAAGAUUAUCAUUAAAGCCGUUUGAGCAUUUAAAAAAAAAAAAAGUUUGAUUGUAGUUGCAAUUACAGAAAGUUACAUUUAUAUUAAUGUCCUUUGUGGUCCUUAGCUGGAUGUAUUGCACAGAAAAUGGGGCUCCCAAUCCAUCUCGUUGCUGCCGUGAACAAAAAUGAUACAAUCCACCGAAUUGUCCAGAAUGGAGACUUCUCACUGGGGGACACAAGGACAAGUCUAGCAUCAGCAAUGGAUAUUCAGGUAAAUCAGGAUUAGAUAUUUAUGAUCUUAAAAAUGGAUUUUGGAAUAGAAUUCUGUAUAAAGAGUAAAUAGCAAUCAAUAUGCUGCCUAUAUACAAGGAAUCAAAACAAAAUAAAACAACAACAAAAAACAACUUAAAAAGCAUACCGUUCUAAUCAGGCUAUUUUAAAAAAUAUAUAUAUUUUUAUUCUUUAUUUUUCUUGUGCAUAGAUUGACAACAAGCAUGCAGAGCCACAACAGCAUCUCCACGCAUUUUCAUAACAUUUCAAAGUUUAAAUGGCACAUUUUUGUUUUUUAUAUUACAUGAAGAUAACAGGCUUGUAGGCAUCAUUUUUUGGUAUGACAUGCUAAGCUAGAUUUGUGUAUAACAAACUGAUUGUGCUUAAGAUUAUUAAUGUAUUGCACAUUUUACAGUACAGCAUGAGGCAUACGUAAGCAUGGAAACAGUGCUAGUAAUCAAUUAUCUAUUGUGACACAAGCUUGUGAACUAUUACUGUGAUAUUUACUCAUGGGUUAACUGUUGCUAAAUCAUGCACUUAAGCUGUUGCCCUUGCUAAUUUCACUUAAUAUGCAGGUAGAGUCCUGAGGUCACUUGCUUAAACUAUAACUAUAAAGGCACCCUGACACCCCCGAGGCAGACUGCCAGAUACUUGUACUCCAAGGAGGGGUGUUAUGCAGGCUCUGCACCCCCAGUGAGUCCAGAGUUGUUUAGUGCAGUCAUCACUGCCUUAGGUCGUAGCUUGGAUACUGAAGGCUUAGGGCUCCCUGUGAUGUGGAGCUCUUUUCUGCCGCUUUCCUCCAGCUGUUUGGUGCCCUCUCCCUGCGGCCUGGCUAGUGAGUUUCACUGUGUCGUUGUGGAGGCGGUGCAGGCCAGUUCCUCGGGAUAGAGCUAUGGUGUGCACUCUGUGCAAGUAAUCCUGGCAGGCCCGAGGGGUUGUCUGCUGGGUCUGGGGCGAUGGGUCUGUGCUUCGCUGGUCAGCAGGUAGCCACUCCCGUCAUUUUGCCGUGGUAUCGCCUGUCCAGCUUACCGAGGCUGUGGGUCAGUGGGUUCUGAGUUGUGUCAUGCAGGCGUGCAGUGCAUGCGUGGGAUUCAGGAGGGUAUCAUCCCAUCGGAAGCCAGAGGUGCUCGUGCGAGCAAGUAGGGUCGUGGCGCCGCCAUUUUAGAUGCGGUCUGGGCUGUGUUUUGGCGGCCCAUCGGUGUAGCAGGGGCCACAGGGCGUACAGGGUGCAGGCCGGGAUCACCCCCACCGGCCCAAAGGAGGGGGGGAACAGGGCCCGGUCCGCCAGCCGAAGAAGCCUGGCUGAAUAGCAUGGGGCAGGAUAGUGGGCGGCAGCCGUCCGCCUCACUCACCACCUGAGUAGGCCUCAUCCAAAAGGAGCGAUGCAUACCCCUCCGGGGGACUAAAACAUCAGCUGCAAGCCUCUCCCCGGGUCCAGUGUCUCCAUAGGUACCGGCCCACCGCGGUGGGUCAACAAGGUGAGUUCAACAGGUCUAUAUUUUAAGCUUAUUAGUGAAGAUUUGCUGGAGCUGUUGUGCCGUGCGACUAGCCAGCUCUGCGGCCAGGCCUCGCCCUAAUUAGUCUAUGUUUUUAUAUUAUGGUAUGGUGAUUCCUCGAUGUUUCUCCCAACACUUUCCUCCAAAAUUAAUUUUUUUCAAAAAUAUGAACCAAACGUGCUGCACUCAGAGGCAAUGUGACUUCUAUAAUAUCCCUUAAUGUAGAAACCGCCAUGUACUAGAUCACUGGAUUUUCAUCUAGCCCAGUAGUGGCAAAGAGAUUGAAAGUGGAUAAAUGUUGUCACUCAACUUCAUUCUGGAGGAUCCAAUGAUGGAACCCCACAUUUCUUGACAAGUCAACACUGAAACUGGCAGUCUACCUUGUUUCUGGAAUGGCAGAAACUCCUAAACACUGCAGGCACUCCUCAGUACCAGUGGCGGAUCCAGAGCCUGAUCUUGGGAGGGGCACUUGUAGAUUAUUUAAAUAAAUAAUCUAGACACAAUAACCACUACAGCUCAGUGGUUAUGGUGUCAAUAGUGCCAGGACCCCCUCCCAGAGUAAGUAGUCAAACUGUUUAAGAACAGUUUGACAACUUACCUGAGGUCUGCUGGGAAAUGGGGCUGUAGUAGGGCAUAGGAGCAGUGGUGUGUGUGAGUGGUGCAAUGUGUAAGGGGUGCAGUGUGUGUGUGUGUGUGUGUGUGAGGGGGACAGUGUGUGAGCAGUGUGUGUGUGUGUGAAGGUUGUAGUGUGUGUGAGGGCAGCAGUGUAUGUCAGAGAUGCAGUGUAUGCGUGGACAGUAUGUGUGUGUAACAGUUGCAGUGUGUGUGUGAGUAUUGUAGUGUAUGUGUGAGUGUGGGCAAUGUGUGUGUAUGGGGAGGCAGUGUAUGGGGGCAGUGUGUGUGUAUGGGGAGCAGUGUGUGUGUAUGGGGGUAGUGUAUGUGUGUAGAGUAUGUGUGUUUAUGGGUGUGCAGUGUGUAUGGGUUGCAGUAUGUGUAUGGGGGCAGUGUGUGUGUGUAUGGGGCAGUGUGUGUGCAUGGGGAGCAGUAUGUAGGGGGGGGCAGUGUAUGUUUAUGGGGCAUUAUGUGUAUGGGGGUAUGGGGGUAGUAUGGGGGUGUAUGGGGGCAUGGGGGCAAUGUGUGUGUAUGGGGGCAUUAUGGGGGGCAGUGUGUGUAUGGGGGCAGUAUGGGGGGCAAUGUGUGUAUGGGGGGCAAUGUGUGUGUAUGGGGGCAUUUUGGGGGCAACCUGUGUGUAUGGGGGCAGUAUGUGUGUAUGGGGGACAGUAUAAGUGUGUGUGGGGGGUAUGGGGGGCAGUGUGUGUGUAUGGGGGACAGUAUGGGGGGCAGUGUGUGUGUAUGGGGGGCAGUAUGGGGGCAAUGUGUGUGUAUGGGGGGCAGUAUGGGGGGCAGUGUGUGUGUAUGGGGUGCAAUGUGUGUAUGUAGAGUGUGUGUGUGAUAAGGGUAGGGGGGCUUUUUUAUAAUAUAUAUAUAUUUUUUUUUAUUUAAUUAAAAUAAAUAUAUUGAUGUCCCCCCUCCCUUCUUACCUUUACUGGGAGGAGGGGGGACACUUCUUAGUCCCUGGUGGUCCGGUGGGGAUUCCCUGGUGGGCUAGAGUUCACUCUCACGAGAUUUGGAGCGUUGCCAUGGUAACCGCUGCAACGCUCCAUGCUCGCGAGAGGAGUACCCGGAGGAGCUGCAGGCUGAGCUCCCGGGUCCUCUCUCCCUCCCUCCCUGCCAACUGCCAGCACUGUGCCUGCGGACUGGGGAGGGAGAUCCCUUCCGGUCCGCAGGCACAUUGCAGGGCUGGCGCCUGCAUUUGCUGGCAGGGGAGAGGGAGACCAUCCGUUUUCUCGGGGAAAUUUCCCCACUGCCCCCCCCUGGAUCCGCCACUGCUCAGUACUGCUAAUUAUGUUCAACAUCUAGAUUAUAGAAAUAUAGGCGUUUCUAAAUAUUUCUACAGGUAUUCCUCAUCAUGUUUAUGGAAUUGCGACCACCAGUAGAGGCUGCGGACAUUUGCUACCUUGUUUAUGAAAUGGUUACUUGUAGAUACCAAUAUUUGAGUUCUUCAUAAUUCUCUCAAUACUCAUUGCUUUUGUAGCUAAUAAUCCCAACCCUUUUGGAUAUUUACUUUUUUCUCAGCAUUAUGGGAAUCCUGUAUCGCAUGAACUGAAGUGCCAAUGUUUGCUAUCUCUCUUAUCGAUGUAACGGACAAAUAUAAUUUAUAAAUCUUUCACCAGCAUAUGAUAUCUCUUAUUACAAGAUAAGGCAAACGGUUUGGGCAGUGUGAAUUAAAUUUUCCCACAUAAUAUAAAUUUAUAUUCACGUGAUGAAGGAAGACAGUAGAAUAGCAUGCCAAAUACAGGUUUUAUCGAAAUAGUAAAGUACAUUUCCAGAUUGAUUAAUUUGGUGGAAAUAAAAUAUGUUAGAAAGAAAAAAUAACAUUUCAAAUUACAACAUUUAGGCCAAAAUAUUUGAAUUGGAAACAUUUUCAAAGUUAAUAUUUUGUGGUUCCUGCACAGUAAAUGAACUGAAUGAAACUGAUAUCCAUAAAUUAUGUGGGUUACUAAGAGAUUAACAUCAGGGUCUAUUUACUAAGCAAUAUGCUGUGAUGAACUGACAAACAACUUUCAAAAUAUUAGAUAUAUUUUAUAUUUGGCACACAAGCUCUUAAUGAAUGCAAACACCAUUUGGAGUUAAUUCACUAAACAACAAUUUAUAGUGAAUUAAAAAUAAAAUUGCAAAAUGUGGACUAAAAUGCGCAAAUUAGGCUAUGUACAUACCUUGUAACCCAUGUAACCACUUUUCACCAUCAUCAGGUGCUGGGGAUAUAUUUUUUCAUUAGGUCCCGUGAGCCAAAUCCUCCAGUGCUGAUCUGGCUCAUUGACAGAGAGCUCAAAGAAAUGGGAAGUGAAAUUCAAUUUUAGACUAAAUUAGCUAAACUGAGAAAACUUAUCCAGAAGCAUAGCUGACAAAUAGAUUGUUUUUCCAAUUUUGGCCUUAAUUUAAAAUUCAUUUACUUUAGUGAACAACCCUGAUAAUUACAUGAUUGACUAAAGAUAGAUGUAUCCAUGCCGGCCAGUGACAUCACCCAAUUCACCCAACGAGCCAAGGUAGUGCUCGACACCGGGGUGAAGGGUUGACGAAUCGAGAGAAAGAGCUGAGGUGACGAGACCGAACGAUGGGCACUCGUCCAUAGCUUAUUGUGACGAAGUGCCCUUCGCCACUUGGUCCUGGAGAGGCCUACUUGCCAGCCUCCUCCCCUGUGACUAUGACUCUUUCAUGUAUUUGGCUUUAAAGCCCCUAGUCUACCUUCAGACAGACUAUUUAUGUAGGCUGCUUUAUUUAUCUUAUGUCUUAGUAACCCUGUACCCAUUAUAGGGGCAGGGUGUGUGUAAUGUAAUUGUUUAUAGUGUGUGUGUACUGUGUAAUGUAUUGCCUGCUCUCUUGUACUGCUGAGGUUUGCUACCAACUAGGUGGGUUUGGCUAUGGAGCUUGUCUAGUGCCCUCUGUUGGUAGCAACAGCAAUAUGCACUACCUGAAUAGCAAGACUGGUUCAUUUGCAUAUUCGGGUAGAUUUGCAUAUUGUUAAUUCUGCAGACACGUGAGAUAUUUUCUGUUAAAUAUAUUGUCUCCCCCACCCCUUUAAAAAUGUGCCAUUGUGUUGUGAUAAGUCACUGUGUGUUGCUUGCUAUAAACCAUAGCAAGCAACACACAGUGACUGUUUGUGACUUUAUUGAGUUUUCACAGCAAUGUUAAUGUUGUAACCCUAUGGGCUGGUCCCAAGGGAAAUAAAGGUUUAGACAGUUCUUCUUGAUCCCUCUAAACGUAGCCUUGUCUCGUUAUUGGAGGGAGCUGUUAUAAUCACACUGGGGAUUGCUAUGCUCUGCAUGCUCCCCUGAGCUUGAAUCAUUUAGCUCUUUUAAGAGUUUGUUCCGGACACGCUCUCCUUGGAGGAGGGGUCUUCACCACACAGUCCUGGAUGCUGGAGGUUCAUACAGGGUGGAAGGAAGAGUUCUUUCCCACACAGUCCUGGAGGACAGAAGCUGAUCCAGGGUGGAAGGAAGACGGCGAGACUCCAGUCAAGAUACAGCGGUUGCGGAGUCUGCGGUGGUUGUGGUGUCUGCUGCACUGCUUGGAGUCCUCAGGAAGCGCUAGGAACAUCCGUCAACGGAGGGUACUCAGUCGGAGUACAAGGAGCUCCGUUACACUUAUAUUCCCUCAAACAGGUCACUGGACAUAACGCCGGGGUAGCUGGAAAACUUGGAUACGAAACCGAACGUAUAGUCGUCUUAGUCCGUCUGGAGAUGUUAAAUGUCACUCCAUCCAGAGUGAAAGACCUAGCAUCAUAGUCCAAGGCCCGUACGUCCGAGACUCAUUUGCACGAAGUGAGGCAGAACAGGUAAACCAACUUGGCCGACAGCUGUCACAGGGUAAGGUCCAAAUUAGGAGACCAGGAAGUAAACAGUGACAAGACACAGGAAACGUCCCAUGUAGCCGAAUAUCGAGGUCUGGGGGGACGCGACAGGCGUGAACCCUGAAGUAAGCGGCACACUAAGGGGUGUUGGCCUGCAGGACAGCCCUCAAAACCUUGGUGAGCUGAAGAGAUGGCUGAUCUAUACAGAUUAAUCAUGCAAUAUUCCCGACCAGCCUUGAAUAAUGAAGUGAGGAAUUGGAGUAUUGCCAAGUCCUGAGUCAGGCACCAGCCAGUCCAAGCUCUCCAAGCGGUCCCAUAUGAUCGUCUAGUUCUGGGAGCCCAUGCGUCAGCCAGGAGUCAUGGAGUUUCAUCCGAAACUCCUUGGGUUUCCCAGGGGCCCCGGAAAUCCUCCAUGCGAGCAGCAGCAAUGAGCCGUCUAUCAGGAGGGGGUGUCGGUGGCCCAGCGGGUCCCGCAGAAGAUCCUGGUAGGAUGGCAGAAGUCUGGGUACGUCUAUCGCCAAUUCCAGGAGCUGUGGGAACCAUGACUGGGUCCCCCAGAAUGGGGUCAGCAGGACCAAGUCUGCCAUCUGGCGUCGUACUUGGAGUAGAACCCGAGGAAUCAUAGCAAAUGAAGGGAAGGCGUAAAGGGUUGAGUCGUUCCAGUCUUGCAGGAAGGCAUCCACUACCUCCGCGGCUAGGUCUGGGCGCCAGCUGUAGAAUCGAGGUAGUUGGGCGUUGAGCCGGGAAGCAAAGAGGUCGAUGGCAAAAGGUCCACAGAGAGAUGAGAUAGUGGAGAACACCUCUACAUCCCAUUUCCAAUCGCUGCUGUCCGACAGCUAGCGUGAACUCCAAUCCGCAUGGGUGUUGUGGAGACCGGGAGGUAUUCCGCCUGGACGAUAAGAUUCCUGGCCAAACAAUAGGCCCAGAAGUCCUUUGCCAAGCGGGCCGAGAUAGCCGAAUGCAUGCCGCCCAUGUGAUUAACAUAGCGAACUGUGGAGAUGUUGUCCAUGCGCAGGCAGAUGCACGCACUGGCAGUCCCGUUCGCAAAACUCCGGAUCGCAAAGUAGCCAGCCAGGAGUUCCAGGGCAUUGAUGUGGAGACUGGAUUCGUCUUCCAACCAGCGUCCCCCCCGGUAGUCACAGCAUUGCACUGGGCACCCCAACCGUGGAGACUUGUGUCCGAAUUCACUGUGAAUUCCGGUUGGGAACCGAAGAUGGCCUUGCCAUUCCAAGCGGAUAGGUUGUGGAUCCACCAGGUCAGCUCGUCUCGGGUGUCCCCAUCCAGGGAAACCAUGUCUGCAUAGGAUGCCCCGUUGCGAAGAUGUGCGAUAUUUAGACACUGGAGGGCACGAUAAUGGAGAGGGGCUGGAAGCACCACCUGGAUCAAGGAAGCCAGUAGGCCGAUGAUCUGUGCCAGAUGACGCAGCGACAGCUGGGGGCGCACUAGGGUGCGGCAUAAUUCCUUGCAUAUGGAUCGGAUCUUGGCUGGAGGGAGGCUGAGAUACUCCACUUCUGAGACUAUCGUGAACCCGAGGAACUCCAUGCAUCGGGAAGGGGACAGGCAAGAUUUUUCCCAAUUGAGGAGGAAACCCAGACGAGAGAGGAGAUCCAUCGUCCCCUGUAGGUAUUUCAGGAGGACCAAACGGUGGCAUCCAUGAGGUGGAUGUCGUCCAGGUAGACUAUCAGUCGUACUCCUCGACUGCGCAACCAAGCCAUGGCAGGGUGCAUCAAUUUGGUGAAGCACCACGGAGCUGACGAGAGCCCGAAAGGGAGGCAUGUGAAGCGCCAAGUGUCACCUUUCCAGAGAUUCUUCAGUCACUGGGACCAUCAAGUAUGCGUCCUUGUAGUCUAAUUUUGCCAUCCAGUCUCCCUGCAGGAGUAAAUCCCGCAGGAGAUGAAUGCCCUCCAUCUUGAAGUGGCGGUAGCACACCAGAGUAUUCAGGGCCCGGAGGUUGAUAACUGGGCGCAUCUGCCCGCCUUUCUUUUCUUCAAGGAAGAUGUUGCUGAGAACCCCUGUGGGGGACAUUGGAGCCUGUUCUAUCGCCCCCUUCUUGUGUAGUGUCGAUAGCUCCUUGUCUAUUAAGGUGCGGUCUGUCCUUGAAAGUACAAUAGGGUGUGGGAGAGGAAUGUGACACGGGGUGUCGACCAAUUCUAUGUGAAACCCCCUCACUGUGGUCAGAACCCAGGCAUCUGAGGUGAUGUUUGACCAGGUUUGGAAAAAAUGACGGAGUCUGCCCCCUACACAGGUAUUGGAAAAAACAAGAGGUAGAUGUAAGCUUACCGUAAGGGCGUCUGGAACCGGGGUUCCCUCUGAAGCACCAUGGUCUUCCACGAGAGGGGAAGAAAGAUGAUGUCUCAUCUCCUGGUAGGAUGGUCUCUGGUUGUAGGAGCCUUGUCCCAAUCCACGGGCAUGGUUAUUAGACCGGCUGGACAGACGGUCCCUGAAUCUGCCGGCCCUGGUAGAGAUCUGUCUCUGAAAUACCCUCUUCAUAGAGGAUUGAGCCUUGUCCAGGGCUGUAAAAGCACCCAGGUCCUUUAUAAAGGAUUCUCCAAACAACAGGCCCUGGGCGUCUUUGCCUGCCUCUGUGAGAGCGAGGUUAGCGAGUUUAGGCUCAAUUUUAAAGAGGAUGGCUUUACGCCGCUCUAUAGACAGGGAGGUGUUUACACUGCCUGCUCUGCAGAUUGCCCUCUGCACUCAUGCACGGAGUUCGUCUGGGCCAACCUCACUGUUUCCGGCACUGGCUAGUUCAGCCAGGUCAAACAGUUUGGCCAAAUGACCAAAAAUGUCCAGGUGUUUGUCCUGGCAUGACUUUAAAGCUGAAUCCAAUCCCUUGUGGGGAUUCCAUCCCAUCUUGGAAAGAAAUUGGGUCAUUUUGGGAUCAACAAUUGGGGUCUCACAGACUUUACUGGAAUUAAGGGGUCUAGGACAUUCUGCCCUGAGUUUGUUGUGUGCUGCCUUGCUAAGGGGGCGCCGUACCCAGUUCUCAAGGUAUUUAGUCACAUGGUCCUCUGUGAGCCAUUCUGCUGACCUCGGGUGAUGGAGAGCAUCCAGGUCAAACAUAGGUUCCCCAGACGGAUCCAUGAGGGCGGAACCCGUGGUAGCGGGGGAGUCGCUCUGAGAGCCACUCAUUACCAACCCUGAUAGGGCAGGGGCAAAAGGGUCAGUGUCCUGCCCGCCAAUCUCAUCAUUGGAGUCACAUACAGACUCAGCAUCAGCCUCCUCACAAGACCCGAUUUCUGAGUCGGAGUCACUCUCCUUUUGGGCUCUAGCAAAUUUCCACUGCCACGCCUGUUCUGCCUGGCGCGGAAAGGCUCUCUUGCGUGACAUAGGCAUGCUGUCAUGGGUGGAUAUAGACACACCAGACGUAAUGUUUCUGGAGGCAUGGGCACGUAAGUGCCUGGAUUUGGCUGUAGCCUUUCUUGGAACAUCCCCAGGAGGGCUUAAGGCAGGACGUUCUAAGCAUGUCGGCGUGGCCGAGUCUUCAGCAGCCAAAGGGCAUGCCAGUAAGGCUUGGGAAAUAGUCUGGGAAAGGACAGAGGACAUUGAGCCCAUGGCGGCCAUAAUGGAGUCCGUAAUGGAGCGCAGCAGUGCCAGGGAUUGGGUAUCCUCAGGUACAGACAUAGGGUCACAUGCAGAGAAAGGGGGACCAGAGCUGUCAGAGGGGUUUUCCAAAACAUGGGGUAUACCUAUUUCCCCAGGGGGAAGGGGUGUGGCAGGCACUUUGGAUUUGGGCAUAAUAAAAUUGGUGUGAGAUAUCCCAAAAUACCAAAUAUAAAAUAGUAAUAUAUGCUGCAGGGAAUUGAAAGCUAAAAACUAAAAUAACAGAGAUAGAACAGGCUAGCAGGAGUUAAUCACCCCAGACUAGCUAUACCUUAUAGAGGGUAAAGUUAGGGAGCUCACCAGGGCCCAGACCGGCAGACAGGAAGAGGACACGAGGAAUAGCAAAGAGACUGUAAGACAGGAUGUUAGAAAAUGGCCGCUGGCAAUCUCGCGAGAUUUGCAGCAAAAUUCUAAUAAUUCGUCAAAUAAAGAGCCGAACGUUCGGCAAAAAGAGACAAAUUUGUGAAAAUAAAUAGACAAAAGUAAUAGGAGGGAAAACAGACGAAUUAGCUGGCCGUUCGUAUAAAAAUUAGCCAAACGCGGCAAAGAGGCGAACAAGGCUGUAUGCCAAAGAAACAUAGAACUGUAAGGUUUUAUGAAGAAUUUAGCCGAACGGCAUGAUUCACUCAUGAAAAAACAGCCUAAUGGAAUGGAGAAAAACAGGCGCAAAGGGCGCCAAAAAAGACCGGAGAAGGAGCAAUGGAGUCACAGACAGCCAGAAAGAGAAUAAGGCAAACGGAGAAAGAUAAGAGCAACAGGGGAAGCUCAAGAGAUAGUGAUACAGAUAAUAAUACCCUAAAGAGGUCUGGAACCCUGGGCUAAAAGGAUAACCAGGGCCGGACUGGCCCACCGGGAUACCGGGAAAUUUCCCGGUGGGCCGUCGGGUCUGCUGGCGGCCGCUGGGGGAGGUCUGCUGGUGGCCACUGGGGGAGGUCUGCUGGCGGCCACUGGGGGAGCUGCGCUGUCUCUGCUCCCCAGCGUGCAGCUUAAUGAGACCGGGGCCGGAAUAUGACGUCAUAUUCCCAGCCCCGGUCUCAUUCAGCAGUGCGCAAAGGCGGAAGAGCAGAGCCAGCGCAGCUCCCCCAGCGGCUGCCAGCAGACCUCCCCAGCAGCCGCCAGCACAGGUGCCCCAGCAGCCGCCAGCAAUGCACGACCCCCUGGCAGGUAGUAGUAAUGUGUGUCAGUGUGAGUUUGUCUGUCUGUUAUGGUGUGUCUGUCUGUUAUGGUGUGUGUGUCUGUCUGUUAUGGUGUGUGUGUCUGUCUGUGUCAUGGUGUGUGUGUCUGUCUGUGUCAUGGUGUCUGUCUGUAUGGUGUGUCUGUCUGUCUGUGUCAUGGUGUGUGUGUGUGUGUCUGUGUCAUGGUGUCUGUCUGUAUGGUGUGUGUGUGUGUGUGUGUCUGUCUGUGUCAUGGUGUCUGUCUGUAUGGUGAGUAUGUGUCUGUCUGUCUGUGCAUGGUGUCUGUCUGUAUGGUGUGUGUGUGUGUCUGGCAUGGUGUGUGUGUGUGUGUGUGUCUGUGUCAUGGUGUCUGUAUGGUGUGUGUGUGUGUGUCUGUCAUGGGGUGUGUGUGUGUCUGUCUGUGUCAUGGUGUGUGUCUGUCUAUAUGGUGUGUGUGUCUGUCUGUCUGUGUCAUGGUGUGUCUGUCUGUCUGUGUCAUGGUGUGUCUGUCUGUCUGUAUGGUGUGUGUGUGUGUCUGUCUGUCUGUGUCAUGGUGUCUGUCUGUAUGGAGUGUGUGUCUGUCUGUGUCAUGGUGUCUGUCUGUAUGGUGUGUGUGUGUGUGUCUGUGUCAUGGUGUGUGUGUGUGUGUCUGUCUGUCCGUCAUGGUGUGUGUGUCAUGAUAUAUGUGUGUGUGUCUGUCUGUGUCAUGGUGUUUGUAUGGGUCUGUCUGUGUCAUGGUCUGUCUAUGUCAUGGUUUGUCAUGGUGUGUGUGUCUGUCAUGGGGUGUGUAUCUGUCAUGGUAUAUGUGUGUUUCUGUGUCUGUCAUGGUGUAUAUGUGUGUUUAAAAAUAGUGUUUUUGCUCACCUUUUUUUCCCCACGCAGCGUGCUGGUCUCCCCUCGACUGGCUCUGCCUCUAUGGCUGAGAUUAUCAAGCUUGAUGAUCUCAGCCAAUCCAAUUCUUUGCCAUUGGAUUGGCUGCAAAACGCUACACCAAUCAGCAUCUCCUCAUAGAGAUGCAUUGAAUCAAUGUAUCUCUGUGGGGAAUGUUCAGCACCUACAGAGUGUGGAGGCCCUGAAUUCAGGUGCACUGACACGGGAAGCACCUCUAGUGACCGUCUGAGUGACUGUCACUAGCGGUGUCACUUUGAAGCAAUGUAAACACUGCCUUUUCUCUGAAAAGUCAGUGUUUACGUUGAAAAGCCUGUAGGGACAUGCUAUAGACACCAGUACCACUACAUUAAACUGUGUGUGCGUCUGCUGGUAGUGAGUGAGCUUGCUUGCAUGUGUGUGCCUGCUAGUGAGUGAGCUUGUGUUUUUAUGUCAAUAAGCUGAUGUAUAUCAGUGAGAUUGUUUGUCUAUGAGGCUGUGUAUCAGUGAGCUUGUGUGUGUCAUUGAGAUGUCAGUGAGAUUGUUUGUGUCUGCAUGUGAGUAUGCUUAAUGUAUAAGUAAUCGUUUUGCUCUGAAAGGACCCAUAUUUUAUAUUAGAAAAAGCAAUAUAUAUAUAUAUGUGAGCGUAAAAGUGGAAUUGGGGUUGAUGGAAGAUACAUCAGGCCUGAUUUGCUAAACAGCAACCUGAGAAUUUUCAGUUAAAUGCCCCAGGGAGAGAUGUUAAAGUUUGCAAUCUACAUAGCUGAUGUUCUGCAAAACAUGGUAUGGGUCCCUGGGGCGGAGUAUUUGGAGAGCAGGGUGGGCCAAUGCUCCAACAGCACUAGUCGCUGUGUAACAGACCACAAUUGGGAUCUGACUUAAGAGUUAACUAAUUGGCACUCACCUGUAGCCAGUCAAUUAGCAGACAGGCCUUUAAAAGAAGAGAUCAGCCUGCUGCAGAGUGAGUGAAGAACACUUGUGUUUAUUGCAAAGGCAUUUCUUUUUUUGGGAAAAUUGGUAAGUGGGAAAGCCACCCAAUUGCAGAUAGCAAUUACUGUCUAGUAAGAGCUCAAGUAAGAGCAAGGGAUUUUGUUUGUUAUUAUUUAAAGCACCUGCUUUUUAUCAAAUAAAAAGGAAAACUGAGCUGAAUGUGUCCUGGACUUUGUAUAGCCUAGAAGGCUGUGGUUACUGCAAGAUCUGUGACAAUCCUACUGGUAAAAGAGGUGGUUUGUUACAAUAUAUAUAUAUAUGUGUGUGUGUAUAUAUAUUACUCUAUCAUCUGUCAUGGCAAGACAUAGCCAUACAUAUUACACACGACAAUAUAUGGUGCAGUGAUUUAUGGGGCUGGCAUAAAAAUGUUUUCCAGGGCUGCUUUGUAUCCCCAGUCUGGCCCUGAGGAUAACACACAAUAUAAAAUCCACAAGAGGAUAAAAGCAUAGAAACAUAAAAUAUAUGGAAAAUAAAUAAGUAAAUAAUGAAACUACAAGCAAUAAAGUAAACAAAAAGGUAUAAGAAACAAAAAAAUUAAUGCAAAUAGUAUUCAUAACCAUAAGGCAAUGAUAAUAUGGAAGAAAUUAGUCAUGUACUUAUCUGUUUGGAAGCAGCAAAGAAAGAGGAUUGUGUGGGGAGGUGCUGACUAUUAUACUGGGACUUGGUAUGGGAGUGGUCUAUGGUUACCAUUUUUUCUUACUGUAUGUAUUCUUUGCUGCUAUUAUUCCAGUUUAGUACAUAUAUCUGUAUUCAUAGAUGAGUUGUGACACGAUUGUCCUUAGUUCAGGAAGAUCAUGUAAGCAGUGUCUCUAUAAUUAAAGGACCACUAUAGUGCCAGGAAAACAAACUCGUUUAUAGUCCUUAGGUCCCCCCCGCCCUCAGGGCCCCCCUUCCGCUGGGCUGAAGGGGUUAAAACCGAAAGUUUCAGUUCUCUGAAACUGCUAGGUUUACAGCUGCAGGGUUAAAACCUGGGAGACCUGACACCCGGACCACCUUAUUAAGCUGAAGUGGUCUGGGUGCCUAUAGUGGUCCUUUAAUUAUACCCAUCUGUUCAGAAUCACAUAUAUGUAGGUACUAUGAUAUAAGGUAGGAAAUCUUUAAAAGUACUGUAUUAUUUCUCUGUGUUUAUGGCCAUUUCAGUGGCUGCUGAAAUCUGACAUUCUAUAAAUCUUUAAUGCCAGGAACCCUAUAAUAUGGAACGGAUAUUCUGGCUACUUGCCGAAUCAGAGAGGAACAAUAUCAAGCUCAUGAUGGAAGAAUACAAUGACAAAAAACAGGUCAAGUUACCACAGGAACUUCACAGAAAGGUUUGGAGUUUUAAAUAGUCUACAGCUAAAUAAUAUAUUUGAAGUGGCAUUAACAUCUAUUUUAUUUUUAUUUCUACUUCAUUAAUAGUUUAUAUUUUACUAUACCAUGACCACAGUGAUCACAUUUGACAACUGAUCAAGCUGUGUGUGUGAGCUGCAUGCAUCAUUGUAUAACCUUGCCAAUCAGCAGUGGUAAAAAAAAGAUUUACCUAAAUUAUCAUAUUAAGCACCAUAACCACUACAGUGCUCUAAACACCAGAAUACCUUAUUUUUAAUAAAGCAGUUUUGGUGUGUAGAUCAUGCUCCUGCAGUCUCACUUCUCAAUUCUCUGCCAUUUAGGAAUUAACCCCUUCAGGACCGUCAUUGGCAUUUUUGCGUUGCCGACCGGUGACGGUACUGAACCGUCCUAACGGUCCAAUGUACUUACCCGAUCGCCGUCGUUCCCCCGGCAGCGAUCGGCGUUACUCCCGGAGUGGGGAGACUGCCUGCAGCCCAGACAGUCUCCCCACGGCGGAUUAGGACCCCUGGGUCCAACAGAGCGAUCACAUGGUCACAAUAGGCGUCCAUGUGUCUGCCUGCAGCGGGACUGCCUGUGCUGACAGGCAGUCUCCCUGCUAGUGUAAAAUAAAAAAAAAAAUUUAAGUUAAAGUUAAUAAAAAAAAUAAAAAAAAUUAUAUAUGUAUGUCUUUAUAUCAUUUAUAUAAUGUCAUACUAAGUGUAUUUUUAUAUUAAUAUGUACUUAUAUUAAUAUAAAAAUACACUUAUAAUUAAAUUACACACGUGUGUAUAUGUAUAUAAAUAAUAUAUAUAUAAUAACUAUAUUUUUACAUUGAAAAAGGCCAGGUUGGUUACGUUGCCUUUGAGAGCGUAUGUCAGCCCAGGAAUGAGAAUUACCCCCAUGAUGGCAUACCAUUUGCAAAACAAGACAACCCAAAGUAUUGCAAAUUGGGUAUGUCCAGUCUUUUUUAGUAGCCACUUAGUCACAAACACUGGCCAAAAUUAGCAUUCAAUUUAGUUUUUUACUUUUUUCACACAAAAACAAAUAUGAAUGCUAACUUUGGUCAGUGUUUUCGACUAAGUGGCUACUAAAAAAGACUGGACAUACCCCAUAUUGAAUACCCUGGGUUGUCUACUUUAAAAAAAAUAUGUACAUGUGGGGUGUUAUUCAGAGAUUUAUAACAGAUAAUAAUGUUACAAUGUCACUAUUGAUAAAUUUUAAAAAUGUAUGUUUUGAAAACGCAAUAUCCUACUUGUACCUAUAUCCCUAUAACUUGCAAAAAAAGCAUGUAAACACUGGGUAUUUUUAAACUCAGGACAAAAUUUUGAAUCUAUUUAGCAGUUUUUUUAAUUCGCUUUUGUAGACGAGUAAAAGAUUUUUCAAGUAAAAGUAAAAAAAGUAUUUUUUUUCAAUUUUUCAUCAUAUUUUUAUUUAUUUUUUAAAUUAAAUUACAUGAGAUUAUAUAAAUAAUGGUAUGUAAAGAAAAUCCCUUUUGUCCUGAAAAAAAUAAAUAUAAUUUGUAUGGGAACAGUAAAUGAGAGAGCGGAAAAUUACAGCUAAACACAAAGACCACAAAAGUGUAAAAAGAGGCCUGGUCGCAAAUGUAGAAAAUCGCAAAAAAGUCCAGUCCUUAAGGGGCUAAAUACUUUUUUUUAUUUCUGUUUAUACAGCCCAGGCCACACCUCCCCUAGCUGUGACUGACACAGUCUGUAUGAUAAAUUUUUUUUAAUUUUCAAUCAUAGCUUACAUCACAGUGUGUUUACUUCAAACGGUCUUUUCUCUUUUUCAUAAGUAUACUGAACUUUAGUCAUACACAACAGGCUGUUGUGGGCUCUAGCAGACAACCGGCAUAGCAGGAGAUAAGACAUUUUAUAUUGAAUACACUGUACAAAAGUGGAAACUAAGAAAAAAUUGCUAAUUUUAAGGAAGUGUAUGGGGAGGCAGUGUGAGCCACAACCUUGGGAGGUGUGGCUAGGGCUGAAUAAACAGAGUGAUGUAAUCUCAGAGACUUGACUGAGGGAGACUGGUGGUGCUAUAAACCAAAACUGCAUCAUUAAACUAUUGUUAUUUUUGGUGUUUAGAGUGUCCCUGUAAACAGAUAAUAAAGUGAUAUUAAAGAGAUUAUGAUGGGUAUGGUUGAAGGAGCCGUAACAGGUGAUGUAGACAGCUUUAGGACUAAUACUGAUAAAUAGAGCAGAAUCAUUUUUGCUAACGUGUUUUUUGAACAAUUAUUUUAUACUCUGUUUAUCUAGGUUUCAGGAGCAAUGACAUCCUGUUCUGUUACUGAUGAAAAUAUUCUUGCUGCCAUCAGACGAUGCUGGGAGGAGAAUAAGUAUAUUUUAUGUCCUCAUUCAGCAGUGGCAGUAUUUUAUCAUUACCAACAGUUCAAUGCUGAGCAGAGCAGGUAGGUCAUUCUUGGUAAGCUUGACUUUUAAACUAAAGAGUGGGUUGUAUUCUGUAUUAAAAUGGCAACUUUAUUGAUUCAAGAAUAUUAGGAAAAAGUCUCCAAAAUGAACAGUUUCUGCAAAAGUGAAUUGUCAUGUGAUGGAGUACCAUGAAAGUCCAAAACCCUGGUCCAAUAAUGCUAUGAUAUUACUACGGACAGCAGCUGCCAAUGAAAUGUGCUCAAAUGAAUGUGCUAAUUAAAGGAACACUAUAGGGUCAGGAACACAAACAUGUAUUUCUGACCCCUAUAGUGUAAAAACCACCAUUUAGGUAACUUGCCCCUUUUGCCCCCUUAAAAGGUAACAAAACGUACCUUAUUUCCAGCGCCGCACGGGUCCGCUGGCACUGGCCCUGCCUGAAGUUCCGCCUCUUUGCGGACAUAAUCAGAAUUUAUGAUUUCAGCCAAUCCAAUGCCUUCCCAAAGGGAAAAGUAUUGGAUUGGCUGAAAUCGGCAAGUAGGCGAGAUGGGGGUGGGGCCAAACACUGGUUUGGCCAAUCAGCACCUCCUCAUAGAGAUACAUUGAAACAAUGCAUCUCUAUGAGGAAAGUUCAGCGUGUCUAUGCAGAAGGUGGAGACACUGAAUGGCAGUCACACUGUGCAGCAUUGCCCCAGGAAGCAUUUCCAGUGGCUAUCUGAGGAGUUGCCACUGGAGGUGUCCCUAAGGAGCAAUGUAAACACUGUAUUUUCUCUGUAUUUGCACAAAAAUGCAUGCAGGGAAUGAUUAUACUCACCAGAACAAAUACAAAUUAAAAAAUGCUUAAAUAAGCACUCCAACCACCUAAAGCAUUUAGCUUGCUGAUAAGCUUUAUGUAUGAAGAGUGCGUCCUCUUUUUCAUUUUACAAAAAGUGGAGAUUUCAAUAGAAUUUAGCACUCUCACAAUGGCCCAAAUGUUUCAAUCAGAUAACCAAUUCUGUUACUUCCUGGUUUGGUUAGCUCAGUAGGACUAAAUUCAAGAGGCAGACAAUUGCCCAGAGCACCUGCGUUGCAAAUACUUCUCAUUGAGCUGCAUUGGAAUUCUGUGAUUGGACAGCCACAGAAAGUCUGGGCGGGGUUAGAAGGGGAGGACUGCAGACAAGAGAUCAGCUUCUAUUGCAAGCAGUAUCUCCGAUGGGAAAAUAUACAGAAUUAAAAGCAUGCAUGCAUUCAUUGGGUUGAAUUACAAAUCAGUGAUUUUUUUAUUUGCAUUUUUUUUAUUUAGACAGUGGAGUAUAUCUAUAAGCUAGACAAAUGUCAAUUGAAGAUUAUGCUAGCGCAGUGUACUGAUAAUCUUAAUUUUAAUAAUGACAGGAGGCGAAUAUUUGCAUUAACUUUCUUUACUAGCUCCAUAGCAGCAAAGAAAAAAAACUCUUAAAGAAAAGAACCAAUCAGAAUGAAACAGAGGAUAUAUAAACCCAUACAUAUCCCAUCAUUCCCUCUUGAGUAAUGCGACAUCACAAGUCCCAAAGAAAUAUGACAAACGUGUCAAAUCCAACUUGCUCCAGCUUGACGUAGUUAUUUCAUUGUUGAGAAUGAGAAGGAUUUUCAGUCACUCCGUCCUCCAUGAAGCUUGUUAAACUGAAAGGAAAGAGAGACUAGUAUCAGUGAUACGGAAUUAACCGUAGACCCCAAAUAUCUGAUUAGAAGUGUAAAUUCUCCGUCAUUCCAAUACGUCUCAUCCUACAAUACCCGUGAUCUAAUUGAACUACAAUAUCUAGAUAACCACACUCUCUAUUCUACAGCCCUUGAAACCCAAAUGCAACAACGGUUACCAUUAUCCCUAUGGAUCAUAACUUACCUCGUCGUUUGGGUGGGAACAUCAAGAGAAAGGGUGGGAAAAUAUUCGCCUCCUGUCAUUAUUAAAAUUAAGAUUAUCAGUACACUGCGCUAGCAUAAUCUUCAAUUUUAUAACAUGACAGGAGGCUUCAUAUUUGCAUUUUUAAAGCUUAGGCAGAAGGGAGAAUGCGGCAUUAGUCGACUGUCGGAAGUAAAAGGUCCGGAAUGUCGUUUCGCGUGACCAGUCCGCUGCUUGGAGAAUAUCCGCCAACGAUGCCCCUGCCAAAAAAGCUGAAGACGCCGCCGCACCUCGUACGGAGUGCGCUCCGAAGGACGAUUCCACCCCCGCCAGGGUGAGGAUCCAUCUAAUCCAUCUGGAUAGUGUGGUGGUCGACACUGGACCAUGAGGUUUCACAUAUGAUAUCAGUAGUUGUCGGGAGUUUGGUCGUCGUAGCGACCCCGUUGUCUCUAUAUAUGUUCUCAAUGCCCUAACCACACAUAGUUGGGGUUCCGAUGUAAAGAACGGGUAAAAUACCGACUUCGAAUCGGUCUUGGUUCUCCGGGAGAGUUGGAAUGUAACCCCAUCUGGGCCAAUAGAAAAGGCAUCAGCAUCAAACGCCCGUAUAUCUGAGACACGGCGAAAUGAAACCAGGCUCAGGAGGAAGGUGAAUUUCGCCGUCAGCUGUUUCAAGGAUAAGUGUUCAUUUGAAGGCCAUUCCUUCAGGAACCGGAGCACCACCUCCACAUCCCAGAGAUGGUGAUAUUUUGGUGUCGGAGGGCGUCUCAUUUUAAUCCCCCGUAACAGACGACAAACCAAAGGGUCUUGUCCGAUUGCUCUCCCCUGUGACGGAACGUGAGCUGCAGAUAUGGCUGACCGGAGGACGUUGAUGGUGCGAUACGAUUUACCUUCUGCGAAGAUGGAUGAGAGAAAAUUCAAUAUCUCGGGUACAGGAGCCGUAAAGGGAUCCAAACUCCGUCCCACGCACCAAUUGGACCAAGUUCUCCAUGCCGAUAGGUAGUUUCUCCUAGUUCCCGGGGCCCAUGAAUCCCACAGUAGGUCCCUAGCUGCCGCCGAUAAUCCGUGGGUGUCCCAUGCGCCCCUGAAAGCGUCCAGGCUACCAGCUGUAGGUGAUCGUCCAGAAGCAUGGGGUGUGGGUUGCCCAGUGGAUCCUUGAGCAGGUAUGGAUCGUUCGGUAGGAGGAGUGGGUCGUUGCACGAUAAUUCGAGUAGGUCGGGGAACCAGGGCUGGCUCUGCCAUAAUGGCGUCAAUAGUGUUAGCAUCACUCCCCGUUGUCGAACGUGAUGAAGUACUCUCGCAAUCAGUGCGAAUGGAGGGAAGGCAUACGCCCCUUGACUUGGCCAGUGUUGAGUGAAUGCGUCCACCGCUAUGCACUCCGGGUCCGGGAGCCAGCUGUAAAAUCUCGGUAGUUGACGGUUGCUGCGUGACGCAAAGAGGUCGAGGGUGAAUGGUCCCCUCUGUUCGUUCAGUUGUGCGAAUAUCUUGGGGUUCAAUCGCCAGUCGCUGGCGUCUCUCCAAUGUCGUGAGUACCAAUCCGCGGUCAAAUUCGAUUCCCCUGGUAGGUGCUCGGCCUUGAUCGAGAUGUUGCGUGGGAGGCAGUAGUCGAAGAUCUCCUUCGUCAGGUUGGCUAAUGUUUGUGAGCGAGUCCCUCCUAGAUGGUUGAUGUAGCGUACUGCGGAAAAGUUGUCCAUCCGCAAGAGGAUACGGCAGUUGGAUUGUCCUUUUGUCAGGCUGCGAAUGGCGAAGGAUCCAGCUAACUCCAAACCGUUGAUGUGCAUGGUGAGUUCCUGGUUCGUCCAGAUCCCGCCUGUGGACGUAGAUCCAUCCGUGGCGCCCCAUCCCCAUCGGCUCGCAUCGGAUUCCAGAAUGAAGUCCGGGUGGCUGCCAAAAAUGGCUCGACCAUUCCAUGCCUGCAUGCAGUUGAGCCACCAUUCGAGUUCCUGGCGGACCUCGUCCGUCAGGGGAACCGGCUGGUUGUAUGUGGGGUUCUGCCUGAGGAAGCGGGCUUUCAACCGUUGCAUGGCCCGAUAAUGUAGUGGUCCUGGAAAGAUGGCCUGGAUGGAGGAGGAUAGCAGACCCACAAUCCGUGCUAGCUGGCGGAGGGGAAUGGACUCGAGUUUGAGGACGUUGCGUAUCUCUUUUCUGAUGGCCGUUACUUUGGUCCUCGGCAAAUGCAGAGUGCAGGAUCUGGAGUCUAUGUCGAAGCCCAGGAAUUGAACCGUGCGUUUGGGAGUCAGUGCAGAUUUCUCUCUGUUGACAAUAAAUCCCAGCGAUUCUAUCAAUUGGAUCGUGUAUUCGGUGUGACGUGACGCUUUGUCGCUCGUGUUGCAGAAGAUGAGUAUAUCGUCCAAAUAGAUGAUACAUCUGAUGCCUCGAGCCCUGAGGUGAGCUACCACUGGUUUCAGCAUUUUCGUGAAGCACCAGGGGGCUGAGCUGAGGCCGAAAGGGAGGCAGGUGAAUUGCCACGGGGAUCCGUGCCAGAGGAAACGAAGUAGUGGCCGGCUGUCUAUGUGAAUAGGAAUCGAUAGGUAUGCGUCUUUGAGGUCCAGACGCGUAAACCAGUCCCUUUCUUGUAGCAAGUCCCUUAGAAGGUGAAUGCCUUCCAUCUUGAAAUGGCGGUAGACCACGUGGGCAUUCAGGUCUCGUAAAUUGAUCACCGGUCGGAAGUCUCCGGUCUUUUUUCGCACGAGGAACAUGUUGCUGAAAUAACCCCCCGGGGAAUGUGCGGGUUGUAUCGCCCCCUUCCUGAGGAGUUCGUCCAGUUCCAACUCGAUGAGUUGGGAGUCCGUGGUGGUGAGGCAUAGGGGCCGUGGAGGCCCGUGUUGCACGGGGCGCGACUGCAGUUCGAUGCGAUAGCCCCCGACCGUUUGCAACACCCAUGCGUCCGUGGUGAGACCUGCCCAAUUCUGGGAAAAAAGAGAAACACGGCCGGCAGUCAUGGUUAUUAAAGACAUAGGUGUAUUUGGUUUCCUUACCUGUGGGAAAUCGUGCGCGGGUACAUCCGCGGGCUCCCCGGCCUCUAUCUGUUCCCCUUUGGAAGUGGGAGUAAGACUGCCUCGUUCCGGAAUCCGGGUAGGACAGUUGAGGUUAAAACUGUUGCGGAGGUCCAGUGCGGGGGCCCGAUGGCCAGAAGCGGCUGGUGGCACGGCCCCGCUGCCGACCAGCCCUUGAAAAAACACCCCUGGAGGGGUUGCCCCUGAAGACCUUUCUCAUAGAGGUACGAGCCUUGUUUAGGGACGUGAACACGUUCACGUGUUUAUUGAGCUCCUUCAUAAACGCCUCUCCGAAAAGUUUGCCCUGUGCCAGGGGGCCUAAUUCUUUUAUCCCAAGGUCGGCCAGCUUCGGGUCAAUUCGAAACAGUGCUGCGCGGCGCCGUUCUGUUGAAAGGGCCGCAUUCGUAUUCCCCAGGAAGCAGAAGCCCCGCUGGGUCCACUCUCUAAUAUCAUGCGCCCAGGUGCGCACCAUGUCCGCGGUAAACGAGUCCGCUCUGGUAUAGGCGUCAUCACCAGCGGCCCCAUCGCAUCUAGGAGCUUGUCUUGUGCCCCUUUAAAGCUCCGUUCGAUCCCCCUGCGUGGAUCGCGACCACCCCGUUCCAUAAACGUCAGCAUUAGCUGGUCAAACUCUGGCGUAAACGCCACUUUGUCUGGCAGGGAAGGUCUAGGGCACUCAGCCCGCAUCCUCUUGCGGACGUGCUUCUCGAGCGGUUUCCGAAUCCAGAAGUGCAUGAACUUCACCAGGUGGUCGGGUGGAGCCCACUCCCCGCAGCGGGGGUGGCGGAUGUUCCUGGGAUCGAACAUGCGUUGUCCCGUAGUAUCCAGGAAUGUCUCUUGCUCCUGGCUAGCAGAUGUCGUGGAAGACUCUGCCAAUCCUGUCUUCUGGGGCUCACCCAGGAAUGUUUCUGUGACAUAGGCGUUGGAUCCCCAAUCGCCGUCGUCCGAAUCCGACGCCUCUGCCUGCCACUCAUCCAGGACGGACAGGGUAUGGGGCAUCUCACCUUCCUCCUCCGAGGAGGCGUCGGGAAAUGUUGUAGGCACGGGUGUUAUCGGUGCAUGGCGCUUGAGAGGCGCCUUGCCCUUUUUUGGGGCUUUCCGAGACCCUUCGCCCUUCCAGUGGCGUUUCGUCGGGCGGUGCCUCUCUGGGGAGGAGUCAUCGGAGUCACCGGACUCGUCCCUGGGGCGACUAGACUUGCCAGGCGGCUUGAGGGUGUCAGAGGCCGUCGGGAGUACCAGUGCCAUGGCCUUUUCCAGUGAUGCGGCUACCGCCGCAUUAAUCAUGGCUUGCAUCUGGUCCGCGGAAAUCUGUGUCUCCUUUUCCAUGUUAUGAAUUAGCUGGCCGGCACAGGGCGGAGAGGUAUGGGGACGGUAUGGGAGGGUAUGAAUAAGAGGCCGGCGGCCGGUUAGGGUAUAACGCUUAGUAGCGUGAAAGUCGGACUCGCACUGGGGCUCACCCAGCAAAGAGGGAAGUUGCUUUAACAAAUUCCCGUAAGCAGCACUGAUGUGGGGGCUCACCCCGUGCCAGGUUACUAGUACAAAACUGACUGGCAAAUCCACUCCCAAAGGGUUAACAAACCCAAAAUAUACAGGUCCCCUUUAAGGCUCUAACAGUAAAACUCACUUUUGCAGCAGAUUUAGCAGGCAAACCCAGGAGCUCUCCAGAACACAGGCUCAUUCCACAGCAACACAGCACCCACAAAAUGGCCCCCGUGAUUCUCGCGAUGUCUGGCCCUUUAAAAGCCCGGGAAAAUUGUGCAGGGCUAAAUGGAGGCAAAAGUGCGUUCGGCAAGUUUAUUCGAAUAAACUGCCGAAUGCAGGUAUGUGCACAUACACCUCCGUUCGCGCUGAAAUGCGAACGGAGGAGUCCACAAUGGGAAGAAGGCUUCCGUUCGCGCUUUGUGUUAAAGCGCGAACGGAGGCAGCACUGGGUGAAACAAAACCUCCGUUCGCGCUAUGUAUUGCGCGAACGGAGAGGAGUCAGUAAGGAGAGGGAGAAGGCAGCCCUGGACCUCCCUCGAGCCCUGACUGACAGCAGGGCGGGAAGUACAACCUCCAUUCGCGCUAAGUAGUGCGCGAACGGAGAAGAGGCAGCACUGGGAGGGCGGCUGUAUAGAGGCAGCCCUCCGUGUGUAUGCUGCCUCAGCCUGCCCGGCUCCGUGCACACAGCAGUGUGAGCCGGGCGGUAGACAAAGGUGGCGAACGUUGCCACUGGGGGGAGGGAGGGGAGUGGGUUGUGGGGAGAGAGGGGGGAUACCCUCAAGGAACUAAUCUGCCCCACAACAGUGAAGGAGCCCCUAAUUAAAGGAGCCCUCAAGCAUGAAAGGAGCCCUUAAUUAAAGGAGCCCUCAAUUAAAGGAGCCCUCACUACCCCCACUACAAAUACCACAAUCAGUUAUCUAAAACCGUAAAUAAUGAAAAUUAAACAAUAGUAAACAGAAGUAGUACUCUGACCUGUACUUGUGAUGGAGCAGCAAAGAAAGAGGGAAUGAUGGGAUAUGUAUGGGUUUAUAUAUCCUCUGUUUCAUUCUGAUUGGUUCUUUUCUUUAAGAGUUUUUUUUCUUUGCUGCUAUGGAGCUAGUAAAGAAAGUUAAUGCAAAUAUGAAGCCUCCUGUCAUGUUAUAAAAUUACCCAAAACUAAACUAAAACACAAAGUACAAUACAUUGUGACAGACGAGGCACCAGUUAUAUAUUCAGCAAUAUUUUGAUUUGUUUCUCACUGCAGCACCAGAUGUUGUUUUGCACCAGCUUCAGCAGCCAAAUUCUCAGAAGUCAUUCUGAAGGCCAACCUUACUCCCGAUGUCCCCGACGAGAUCAAAGCAUUGAUGGAGAAAGAGACCAGGUCAAUAUUCUUGAAAAAAGACGAUGACUGGGAAAAGAGUUUGCGGGACAAAAUUGAAGCUCUAGAUCAACAAAGGCAAUCGAGUUAGAUUAAAGCUAACCCUUAAUUAAGUGCUGAGCCUAUUUCCUCUACUCUGCUGUGAAUUUACAUUUCCUGGUUGUGUUCCUUGUUUUAAAAUAUCAAUUUCUUUGAUUUUCCAAGCUAAACCUAUGGAUGUUGUUUGUUGUUUCGGUACAUUAGAACAUGUACAAAAAUGUGUACUUUAUAAUACGACAAAAAAUAAUUGCCCAGAGUACAAAAAGAAAAGCAUGUUUUCUUAAAUCUAUAUUAAAGCACAAUAUAUAUAUAACAAUUUAUUACGAUUUUUUUCAUCUUGUUGAAACCACCCCCACCCCCCCCCCAAAAAAAAAACCCCAUCAUAGUUCUACAUUUAUAUUAAGGCCACCACUCAUAAAUACCAAGAUCUAGGAUUAUACAUAGACUUAAAUAUAAACAUCAAUUUAAAAAAAAAAAGCAAGCCUAUUUAAAAUUUGCUGCCAAUAGGUUUGGAUUAAAGAUCCACAGGCCAGUUAUGUCUCAACAAAGGCUUUUAUUUUGCCCUAGAGUUGCCAGAGCCACUUUUCAUUUAUUAAUGCUGACUGACAGCACAUGAAAAUUGCUGCCUCUUAGUAUAAUGUAUUCAGCUGCAGCCGUAUAAAAAUCAAGUAAUUAUUCAACGCAGCAGAUCCCUCCUUUGAUCAAGAUCUACUGCAGGGCAACACCUUAUUUGUAACACCUAAUAGAAUGUAGAUGUGCAAUAUGUUCAGGAAUUCUUAAAAAAUUUGGUAAACCAAUGGACCCCCAUGCCACAGAUAUUUUUUCAAUAUAAAGUUACACGGUUUCAAUAGUAUCAAACUAUCCAUAAAAGAGAAACGUUCUUCUUAAUAAUCAUUUGUCAGAAUCCUGUUUAUUACGAUGUAUCUGAAGUUACAAUAUUGUAAAUGAGGUUUUUGAAUAAACGAGAAAACAUCUCUUCCUUUCUCGUCCUAGCAUUUAAAUGGUUAACAGCAGCACUUCCCCUUUCCCAGUCCCAUAAUCAGUCUUCUUUUGCGAUAAAUGAGGAUUUAAGAUUGUGCACCUAUUAAUAGUUGCCUUAUCACUGUUUUUAAUCUGAUGGGCAAGCUAGAAACACAGUCGGCAAGGUUGAAUUAUCACAAGUGAUAGGCCUAUUUGGAAACUGAUCUUGAAAUGAGACAAAGUCCACGACGACAGCUUGAAACGUACAUUCUCUUGCUAUAUUUGGCCAUAGCUGUCAUCGCCCUCACCACCUGUCUGUUCAAGAAACCCAACUCGUGUUACUGCAGUUCAGCUGGGUUGUGUGAGCUGUAAGGUGUGAGUGUCCUUCCCACUGUAAUGUUAUGACUCUUUAUUCAUCUGUGCGAUUAAAUAAAAAAGUAGGAAUUCUCUAAUCAGUUUGCACAGGGGUCAAGUCCUGGGGAAAAAAGUGUGGGAACUCAUCCAAGAUCUCCCCCACCCCUAAAAAAACUAAAUACACUCCUAUGCAUAUAGUGCAGUGCAGGUUGUGUAUAAUGAAUGUCGUGUGUUUGUAGUGAGUGCAGAGUGUGUAUAGUGAAUGUAGUGUGUUUGUAGUGAAUGCAGAGUAUGUACAAUGAAUGUAGUGUGUUUGUAGUAAGUGCAGAGUGUGUAUUAUAAAUGCAGUGUGUGUGUAGUGAGCGCAGAGUGUGUAUACUAAAUGUAGUAUGUUUGUAGUAAGUGGAAAGUGUGUUUAAUGAAUGUAGUGUGUUUGUAGUAAGUGCAGAUUGUGUAUAGUGUAUGUAGUGUUUGUAGUGAGGGCAGAGUGUGUAUAGUGAAUGCAGUGUGUUUGUAGAAAGUGCAGAUUGUGUAUAGUAUAUGCAGUGUUUGUAGUAAGUGUGCUGGAUAAUGUGUGUGUGAUGAUGUGUGUGUGUGUGCUGGAUGAUGGGUGUGAUGUGUGUGAUGUGGGAUGAUGUGUGUGUGUGUGUUAGGUGGGGAAGCAAUUUUUUUUUCCAAUUUGUGUGUAUAUUUUUUAUUUUAUUCUCCCCUCCCUGCUUCUUACCUUGUCAGGGAGGGGGGAGAUCGCAUUCCCUGGUGGUCCGGUGGAGUGAGCCAGCCACUGCACACGGGGACCCAGAACACUUUCUGUUCCCUCUCCAGCUCUGUCUAACUCUCGCG